AUGCAUGGAGAAGCCGCCACCAAGAAAGAUGCCGAGAAGAGUGCGGUCAAGAAAUCUGCAGAAGACGUCGAGAUAGACGAGAUGGCUCAGAUUGUCGAGACUGUCCCCGGUACCAGCUACUUGGUCCGACCCCUCAAGGCGGAGCGAACUACACUUUUCAUCUUAGGAGGUAAAAGCGAGAAGGGCCUCUCAAGCAUAACCGUCAAUGCAGAUGAAAACGAACCGUAUGUCGUGGUGUUCAAGGAUUUCAUGGCAGGCGUCAUGAACACAAAAGAAACCGAAAGCUACGACGAGGCACUAAAGAAGGCCACCACGUUCUGCAAGGAGUAUCUGAAGGAGCAUCGAGACGACUUCACCGAUGUGAACGACUCUAGCACGUUGCUGGAAGAGAUAGGCGGCGAGAUCUGGAAGAACCACAGCCAUCCCGCUAACAUGGGUCCCGGAACCGACCUAUAUUUCGUGUUGGAUGCGUUGUUCAACCAUCCUCGAGACUUGGAGAAGAACCAAGAUGUUCCCAACAUCCUCAAUCUGGUCAAGAAAGAGUGGUUCCGCGAUCACCCCUCGUCAGCAUAUGACUUCAUCAACAAGUCAACUCUUUCUGCAUUCGUCGAGGCACUGCAGCAGGGUGAUCUCUCUGAGCUCAAUACUGCUCCCAGCAUGUGGCGAUCGCUUAUCUUCCAAUCUUGCCUUGUAAUCUCGGAGUGUCAACCAAGCAGCCAAGAGAAAUUGAUCGAUAUCGUUCAGAAGACUUACAGAUCAGUACUUCUUGGCAGCUUUGACACUGAUGAUCGUACCAAGAUCUCAGAUUGUAGAAUUUCAGGGGCAUAUGCUGUCAUCGCCUAUCGCAACACAAUCAGCUACCUAGAAGAAACCCUGAAAGUACUCGAAACCUGGUUCCAGCAUGAUCGCGAUAUGUAUUCCAGCCCUAUCGAGGGGAAGGAGAUCGAGCAUCUUGAGGCUCUACUCCUAAAGGUUCCCAGCGCCAUAGAUCAAGGAUAUUGGCGUGACGGGGUCAGGGAGAUUGCAACCUUGAUCCAGUUGCGCCAUGAGGCGGGUUGGGCGGAAGCGUUCAAUAUCAUCAAGACAGCCACCACUGUGCUCAAGGACGUUGAGAAGGGCUUCGUACACGGCGGAGAAGGCCAGGAUGGGGUGAUGAAGGACGAUGAAGAAGAGGACCUUGACGGUUCUGACUGA